AUGUCUUUCGCAACGAAGCGCCUGGGGAAGGAGUUGGCAAAGGUCCACGGAAAUCUACCACCAGGAAUCGCACUCGUCACCGCCGAAGGCUUUCAAGAAUGGCUCCUCGACAUCCAAGUCCUAGACGCAAACCCAAUAUACAUGGGCCAAACUUACCGCUUAAAAUUUAAAUUCAGCUCUUCAUAUCCCAUCGAACCCCCAGAAGUAACAUUCGUCGCCGGCCCCGAUCGCCCCAUCCCAAUGCACCCGCACAUCUACUCCAACGGCAUAAUCUGUCUCGAUCUCCUCGGCACGCAGGGCUGGAGCCCCGUCCAGAACGUCGAGAGUAUAUGCAUGAGUCUCCAGAGCAUGUUAACGGGGAACACGAAAAACGAACGGCCUGAGGGGGAUGAGCAGUUUGUGGCGAGUAAUAGACGACGACCGAGAGAUAUUGAUUUUUAUUAUCAUGACAAUACGGUUUAG